CAUUGUACUUCUCAUCACAAAACUAUCUCUAUUCAUCUUUCUUAUUCGAAACAUCUCCUUCAUACUCAAAAAUGAAGAACAAGUUCAUAAAAUCGUGCGAACACAAAUUCAAAAUCAUGAAGAGCAAAUCCAUAGUCCUACCUUGUUGUACAUCUUCAUGCGAGAGUUGCUGCGACAAGGUUUCUUGGGGGUUCAAGAAGGGAAAUGAAGUCAUACCUAAAGAUGUUCCAAGAGGACAUUUGGUAGUGUAUGUUGGUGAUGAUUACAAGAGGUUUGUGAUAAAGAUGAGUUUGCUUACACAUCCAAUCUUUAAAGCAUUGCUUGAUCAAGCUCAAGAUGCUUAUAACUCAUCAAGACUAUGGAUUCCAUGUGAUGAGAACACUUUCCUCGAUGUUGUUCGUUGCAGUGGCGCUCCUCAGCAUCAGAGAAACUGCAUUGGUAUGUAAUGUUAAGAAGGGAGAAUUCAAAAGACAUAUUCAUUUGAUUUUGAUUCAUCUUCUCCAGAGCGAAUUAAUGUUGAUUAUUAAUUUAGAUAAUGUUGUACACUAAUUAAGUAAGAGUUCUCGUAAUACAAGUAACCAUCUAUCGUAUUAUAAGUGAGUGUUCACUAAACAUGUUACAUUUUGAAAUGUUUCCAAAUAAACUGAAACAUUAAGACUCUGAAAAAGAUCUCAAGACAAAUAGCAAAACUUCUAAAAUUACCUGAUCAUGCCUCUGUCGUGUGUCAUAGAAAAAGACUUGAACUCUCUCUGAUGCAGAUAUUGUCAGAGAAUCAAACAACUUUUACUUUCUAGCAAUUGUCUUAUUAUCAACGCCAAGCUAGAAGUAAUAACAAGUGUUAGCAGAACCAAACUAAACAGCUGUGAGCUGACAAUGAGAUUAUGACAAAGACAUAACUGACUAAACUAAUACGGCGUGGAAGCUCAGGCCUUCUAAAAAUUGGCCAUGAGAUCAACUUUUGAACAGAAAAUAAUUCACGUAACCAAAAGGAGAAAUUCUCGUAAAAGGAUUCACAAUGGUUAGACAAAAACGGCCAGAAAUUAAGUAAAACUAUGUGUGUCAUAGAGCAGACUUGAACUCUUUUCUGAUGCAGAUAUUGUUAGAGAAUAGAAACAACUUCCAGUUUUUAUCAAUUGCUUCUGUAUUAUUCUACCAUCAGUUGAACUUUGAAGCCAAACACAAAUAAAUCUUAAGUCUUGAUCUAUCUCUUUUGUCAACGGUGUCGAAUCCACAAAUGGCAACAUUAAAGUAACAAGUUAACAUUUAACAACGAGUUUUACACGUAAAUUUUAUAUCAUACAAAGUGUGACACCAUUCACAUUACAAUCAAAAACUCAAUUCAAUCAUAAAAAAAAAAAAA